GGUAAUACCGCGUAAAUUUGGCCGGCGGGAUCAGGCUAGCAAAAAAACUUGACUAUGGCAGCUACUAGUGUAGUAGUGUUAGACAGAGGAAACAACACCACUUGUACUAUUAAUCUACAUGGUGCUACAGUUGUGUCUUGGAGAGUAAACAAUCAGGAACAAUUAUUUGUGAGUAAGCUAGCAGUCUUUGAUGGAAAAAAAGCAAUCCGAGGAGGAAUACCUUUUGUUUUUCCUCAAUUUGGACCUUGGAGUUUUGGUCCUCAACAUGGGUUUGCUAGAAUUGUUAGAUGGAAUUUAGAAAAAGCUCCUGAAAGACUUCCCAGUGGAGAUGUGGAAGCUGUAUUUUCUAUUAUGGAUACAGAAUACACUAGAACCAUGUGGAAUUACCCGUUCAGACUGACAUAUAGGCUGAUACUUCGUGAAAAGGAGUUACAUUUUAAUAUUGCUGUAUAUAAUCCUAGUAAGGAAUUAUCAUUCAGUUUUAACAUGUUACUGCACACAUAUUUUAAAGUUCCUGAUGUACGACGUUGCCAAAUUACUGGCUUACAAGGCUGCACCUUUAUGGAUAAAACCAGGGAAGGAGCAAUAUAUCAAGAGGCUCGUGAUGUUGUAACAAUUGGAGAAUGGACUGAUAGGAUUUACCAAAAUACUCCACAAGAACAUAUAAUAACCAAUGUUGUAUCGGGUCGGAAGAUGCGCAUUCAAAAAUAUAAUUUUCCUGAUACCGUGAUUUGGAAUCCAUGGAUAGAUCAAGCUAAGGACAUGUCAGAUUUCGGAGAUGAUGAGUAUCCAAAUAUGGUUUGUGUAGAAGCGGGACAUGUGUCAAGCCCUGUAAUUCUUUUACCAGGCACAGCAUUUGAAGCUAGCCAAAUUUUACAGGUUAUGUGAAUACAGCUAUUGCCAUGUUACUCUAAAGUUUGGUCAGUCAUUUUCAUAUUAUAUUAUUACUAGUAACAUGGAAGUUUUCGUAAAACAUACUGAUGAGAUUUGAUUUAAGAACAGCUUGUUUCAUUUUCAUUUACUUAUGAUUUAAAAAAAGUUUUUAUUCAUAUUAAAAUUAAAUUUUAA